CUUUUGUUUCAGCUGAUUAUUAUUAUCAUUAUUAUUUAGAUAAAUUUUUCUCUGCGAUAUGCGUGCAUCGAUGCGCUGAUUUCACCCACUGACGGAUCAUAUAGUGAUAUCUGUCGUUUUAUGACCAGUCCAUUAUCCCCGGUCACUUCUUCCAUUUCGUCUUUGAAGCCACCAUUGCUCGCUUUAAGAUUUUGGCAUAUAAUUCGAAUCUAACGAGAAAUAAUUGGUCGAACAUGUGUCACAUACAUUAGAGAUAUUUCCAAUCGAAUCAGAUCCCAUGGGUCACAUCCAAACGAGUCCGGUUGCAUGGAAAUCCGUAGCCAACGUCUCUACGGUGGUGUCCUAUCAAGGGGGAGCAUUCGCAUCAACGUAAUUUCAUACAUUUUAGCUUUGUACCACAUCGGAUACGUCAACAUGCAAGGAUGCGCUGUCCUUUUUUCCUUGGGUACAAAUUCCUGUGGCGCCAUAUUUGAAGAAGACUUUCCCAUUUGCUCGUUUCCUCAGAAAUAGAUGUUGGAAUGGUUUGGGUCAUUUAUGCUACGUGUAUCCAUUAAAGGACAAAGACUCGGAUUUUCCAAUACUAUUUGGUCCAGCAUACCUUGAAUAAGUUAAAUUAGUAGGC